AUGCCUACUAGUUCGAGUGAUUGUGAUAUUCUAAAAAUAAUUGACAAUUUCUUUCUUAAAUCCACUUUAUUAAUUUGCUCUUCUGUAUCUUCAAACGUAUUGCAGGAUUCACCAAAGAUUAGCGAUGAAUGGUUUAGGUCAGAUGAGUCAUCAACUUACUUUCUUCCAGAUUUGAUAAAUAACUGGCUACAUUUCGAUGGAGGCAAAGUCUUAGCCCCAUUGGUCGUGGAAACAUUCCUCGAUUUACGAGGACUACCUGCUAGUUACAUAGUGCGACUAAAAGAUAAUGAUGAAAAUUUAUGGAACGUCUGCAAGGGGAGUAAGAAAACAGAAAUAAUGUUAGAACGUUGGUUAAUAGAGCUAGAUAACUCAUCGACAACUUUUCAGUCAUGCCAAGUUGAAGAUGAUGAGGAACAUAAUAUACAGCGACAAUUGGUGCUCUUACUACGUUACAUCUAUACACUUAUUCAUAUUCUUCCAGUGCAUGAGCUUUGCGCCUCUAUUAAUGCUCAGCUCAACUCACAAACAAACAUUUCUAGACCAAUGCCUAGUGUGGGAACUAGAAUAGUGGAUGGCUCUAAACCAAUCCUUUCGAAAGGGAGAAUUGGUCUCAGCAAACCAAUAAUAAACUCCUAUUCAAACGUACUUAACGAAUCAAACAUACCUUCUCAUUUAGACCAAAAGAAGAUAACUCCAGUCUGGACUGAAUACGGUCUUUUAAGGGUGUCAAUAUCCUAUAGAAAAGAUUGUAAAUUUGAAAUUGAAGACACAGAAAGUAAUACAAUAAUUUCUGCUCCUACUAAUAGAAAAUCGAUUUCACUUUCUCCAAAAGCACGACCUAAUUUAGGAUUUUCAUCCACUGAAAGUAACCAUCAAUUCCUGCAGAAACAUCCAAUGUCAAUAUCGAGACAAGCUCAGCCAUUUAAGAUUGGUUCUGUCAAUAGUGUCUUACAAAGUACCAGUCAAGUUCCAAGCCGUAAUCCAUCAACAUCAUCCGUCCUUGGGACUUUAUAUCCCAGAAAGUCAAGCAUAUCAUCGAAUUAUGGUCCAAUGACUAAGCCAUCAGUAGAAGGUACGAGUGUAGAUAGUAAUAGCUCAAGAUUUUUAACUUCGUAUGGUACUUUGCGCAGACAGUCAAGCAUCAAUAGAAUGAACGAUAAUAAGUCCAAUAUCAAAAGCAAUCAAUUAUUAGAAGAAUCAAAUGAUGACCUUUUAAAUUUUGUGAAACUAAUAGAUGAAAAACCAGAAAUUACAUUCAAGAGAGAUAGAGAUGCAAGUAAUAAUACUAAUAGCUUGAAUAAUGAAAUGAUUUCGAAUUCAAUUCUCAAGUUUCAAAAUUUGAAACCCAGUAAUGAUUUGCUGAGCGAAGAUUUGUCCCAAAGUGUUACAUUAGAUACAUCAAAGCAUGGCAUAUCCCAAACUCAAGCUAUUCCAAUUGUCAAUUCGACACAAAAGCGUAGAUCGCGCUCUCGUUCUCAAUCGCAUUCGCAUUCUCCCACUAUUUCAUUUUCUUCCCCACCCUUAUAUCCUUCUAUUAAUUCAAAGCUGUAUGCCAACGAACAAACUACAGUGGAAGCCUCCAACAGUGGAUCCAGUAGUAGAAGAAAUUCAACUGAAAGGUCAGCUAUGCACUUCAUGCCUCCCAUCCUGGCUGGCCAAACAUACUCUUAUACAGUGAACAACCAUAAUGGCGCAGAAGACAUUAUACAUGAAAAUGAAGAACAUGAGGCUAAAUUAGCAGAGGAAAACAGUGACUUAGAUGAAUCAUUAGCUAAUUUUCAAUCAUCUUCAUGGAAAGCCUCGCCAAGAUCUUUUGAAAACAUAUCGAGGUCUUUCCCUGCUAAUAAGAUUCAACCUUAUGGACAAUCUUACAAUUAUUCAAAACCCACGGCAAUGUCGAUUCCGGCGCAUGCUGAAUUGCAUAAACCUAGUGUACAAUCUACUGAUCUAUUAAUUGACGAAGCUAACAAGAGUACGAGCCCUGUUGAUGAUGAUAAUAGUCAAAAGAAUCGUAAGGAUCAAAGAGAAAGCGAUGAUGAUGAGCUAGUAUUUUUCAUGAGUAAUAUGAGCCUAUCAAAGUGA